CGCUAUUCAUAUCAACAAGAAUUCAAAAUGGCCACUCGUAUAAAUUGGACAUGUGUUGACGUAUAUACAUUUAGCUAGUGUACGUAAUCCAAUUAGUUAUUUGACUCUAAUGCGUAUAUUAUCUUAGAUAGCGGGGAAGAUUAAUUCUAAAAAAGUUUUCGUUCUUUGGAUGUUAAAAUUCCAAUUCAGUGAGAUUUUAACUCCGCCAACCCGUGUUGACCACAGACAUGACGUCUGUCAACAAGGAAGCUUCAAUGCUUCCAUCAACUAGCAAAGAAGCUGCUGUUUAUUACGGAGCUUAUAAUGACCUUCCAGAAGAAGUUAAUAAAUACAAGGAAGAGCUCGGAAUAGAGAAACCUGCGCAAAAUGUAUUUGUGGAGUCCUUCCUAAGAAGAACUGUGACAAGUAAGAGAAGGGUUGACCAAGAAAUCAGAAACAUCCUGUCAGCUAAAGCUAUUGUGAUGGAUGUGGUAAAGCCAAAAAAAGUACCCACGGAAACCUCUAUGAAGCAAAGAAAAUCCCUUACUGCCAAAGAACGAAGACAAUUGAAGAUUUAUGAUAUCAAACCAGAUCACCAAAAAUAUACAAUUUAUGAACCAUUACAUUAUUUAUGGAAAGAUUACAUUCGAGAUUAUCUGCAGAUACUGCCAGAAAAAGGAUUCAAUAAGCAGACACUAGAGAAGUUACUGAAAGCUGAUUAUCAUGGUUGCAUCAUCAAAGUGACCAAGUCAAAGUGUCCAUCAUAUGUAGGUACAACAGGAAUUGUUGUUCAGGAGACAAAGAAUGUUUUCAAAAUUAUUACAAAAGAUGAUAUCUUAAAAACUAUUCCAAAAGUGAAUACUGUUUUCUGUGUAGAGGUACAAUCAUUAUUAGUAACACUGUAUGGGAAUCAUUUAAGAAGAAGAGCAAGUGAAAGAUCAGUGAAGAAAUUCAAAAGUAAACCUACAAUUGACCUCUGAUGUGGUUGAAAUGAUUUCUUAUGCUUCGCUGAAGGAAGUUUGAAGUAAUGCUGUAUAAGGCAUCUGAAGGACUUGACCUGUCUCAAAUUAUACAAAAGUGCUAAACAAAACUGUCGAAAUUGGGUUAUUUUUGUUUGAAUGACUGUAGUUCUGCUGCUGCUGGUGUUCAACAUUUGUUAUGAG